AUGGCACUUUUCACCACCAAUGGCCCCUCACUUCGGUGGCUUGUGGGAGGCAGCGGUAAAAGUGGCCGAGAAGCAUUUGUUCCGUCAGCUAGGCGCUUCUCGUCUUUCCUUCGAGGAUUGACGCAGAUCGAGUCCCAAAUGAACUCGCGACCAUUAGUGCCACUUUCAGAAGACCCCAACGAUCUGUCCGCACUAACACCCGCCCAUUUCCUCAUCGGUACUACGAUGAAUGCUCUGCCCGACCCAGAUCUACAUCACAUUCCUACCAAUCGUCUUGACCACUAUCAACAGCUUCAAAUGCACACACAAAAAUUCUGGGAUCAUUGGAAACGCGAGUAUAUUCAGGAGCUCCAGAAAGAUACGAAGCGGUGUAACCUGAAUAACGAGAUCCAGCCAGGUCGGAUGGUCGUAAUCGUCGACGAGUUCCAAGCACCGAUUCGUUGGCCGCUGGCCCGCAUUGCUGAAAUUCAUCCCGGAAAAGACAACAUAACUCGGGUUGUCUCUCUACGCACAUCGAAAGGUAUCAUAACUCGUCCCAUCACAAAAAUAGCUCUCUUGCCGUUGAUUGACGCUACAAAUUCGAAUGAGGACUCAUCCAUGGUGAACAAUCAGCAAACUGUCCAACCUCCAGCGCACUAUCAUCAUAGGGAAUGA